UAUUUGUGUUGGAUUUAAGUAUCAAAUCUAGUAUACGCUGAUCGAUCUCCAGAGAUUGAUAUCUGAUCACAGGGUUUAUCCAAUUCUAAACGCCGCCUUUGAAAUCAAGCGUCUCCUUGUGGGACCGCCCCCUUUCCUUUCUCCUCGGGAGCGCGGCAUUGGAAAGAGAGGCGCCGUGCCCGCGCUUUACGUGUCUGGUUCGUGUGCUGACAGCCAGCUGUGCGAUUAGAACGACAACAAUCUCCGGGAUUUGAUAAAUCCAGCCGUCAAACUCGACCCGUAUUGUUUGGGAAGAACACGUUUAGUUGACAGUUAUUUUUUUUAUCGUCUAAUUUAUCCAGCUAAACAGCAUUCCUCAAACAUGAAUCCGUCGUGUGGCAGAUGUGGCACAAUCGUGUACCCGACGGAAAAAGUGAAUUGUCUGGACAAGUACUGGCACAAAGGAUGCUUCAGCUGUGAGAUCUGCAAAAUGACUCUAAACAUGAAGAAUUACAAAGGCUUUGAAAAGAGACCAUACUGCAAUGCACACUACCCCAAGACAAACUUUACCUGUGUGGCCGACACUCCUGAGAACCUCCGCCUCAAACAGCAGAGCAAGAUGCAGAGCCAGGUGCAGUACAAGGAGGAGUUUGAGAAGAACAAAGGGAAAGGUUUCAGUGCUGUGGCCGACACGCCAGAGAUGCAGAGAAUCAAGAAAACACAGGACCAUAUCAGUAACAUUAAGUACCAUGAGGAGUUUGAGAAGAACAGGAUGGGAGGAGAAAUCCCAUCUCCCCAGCCCAACAGCCCCAAUCCAGUGUUCCAGCAGCAGCUGCCCCACCAGCCCCCUGCUGCGUCUAAGAACUACAACUAUGAGCCGGCCGCGGCUCCUGGACCUGUCCGCCAGGUGGCCGCCGCCCCCCCUCCCAGCUCCGGGAAGCGGUACCAGGCAGUGUAUGACUAUGCUGCAGCCGAUGAGGACGAGGUGGGCUUCCUGGAGGGAGACGUGAUCGUAGACGCGCAGGUGAUCGACGAGGGCUGGAUGUACGGCCGUGUGGAGCGCACUGGCCAGCAGGGCAUGCUGCCUGCUAACUAUGUAGAGGCCAUCUGAUCUGUGAAAGAGAGAAGUGGGGGUGGGGGGGGGGGGAGAGAAGCAAGUGAAAAGCCCAGUGCCAUCUCAUCUUAAUGCCGCUUUCUAUUUCUUUCACUCGUUCUCUGAUCUGUCCUGUAAGACCCCCUCUUCCUCCCCUUCCAACCUCCCCCGGUGUACCCCUGGUCUGCUUUCCUCCAACGACAGACUCUCUCUGUCUGAAUGUCUGUGUGUCUGUCUCUGUCUGUGCUGCCGUCUGUCUGAAUGUGUCUGCCUGUCUCUGUCCCAAAUCUUCAGUCCACUAAAAGUGCUGUCCCAAGUGGAAUUGAAGUAUCAUACCUCCAUCUUACAGGCUAUAUAUAUAUAUAUAUAUAUAUAUAUACACACACACAUGUCAGGGAUCAUACAGUGUAUCACAACUAUCCUAGCUACAGCACUUCAUAUUCCAGCAAACUAUGAUGCAAAACGAUAUGAACCCUUCCCCCACCUCGUCAAUCAAGUUGCCAUGACAGCAGAGAACUGAGGCCAAUGUGGUCAUGAGAAAAUGAGUUUGGAAUGUGGGUGUGGCAUCUUCAGAAGGUUUUUUUUUUCUUCUUUCCCAUUUUUGAAACUGGCUGAAAUUGGCCUGACUGGAAGCUCACUGUAGAAUCUUACUGUAUCUGGGCAGUUAGAACUAAGCUUGAAUAUUUGACUUGUGUACAUUCCAUUAACCAUCAAUACCCCAUUGUUGUCGCAUCAGCCAGUCAGUGAGCAGUCUACAGUAUCAGUCUUACCAGAGAGGUCUUAUAUAUUUCUAUUACUACAUAUACGCAUUUAUCAAUAUUACUUAUCUGUUCCCUCACCUGUCUUACCCUGUCCUGCACUGCAUUGUGGGUAUUGUUCUGAAACUAAACUGGAAUCCUAUCUUAACUGAAGAGCACCUCCUGCCCAUGCCUUGUACCUCAAGUUCAGGCAUUUGAAGUACAGGAGGGAUCAGGGACGAGUUAGUUAGGGGACGUGGUUACAGUCAUGUCAUCACCUUAGUCAGUGGGUGUGAAGAUAUUCUCCCGCUCGCAGCCUCAAAUGCCUUCUGACAGUCUUACAGGAAGCUGAGUGACGUGAUGGUGGUUACGGUUGGAGGAGGAGAGAGGGGGUGGGAUCAGGCCAGGCCCUGCCCCCUAUUCCAAGAUGACAAACAUCUGAGUUGAUCGAUCGUAAGCGCGAAGGCCAAACGCAAUUCUCCAAACAAUUCUGUAUUGUGAAUUUUUUUCUUCUUCUCAUUUGUUUGGUUGCUUAGCAUUCCAAUCCUUAUGAGAAGUGUUGAACUGAGGUCAGAAAUCCAGGCUGUGGUAAAUGUUAUUGUUUCUACUUCGUAUCAUGUUUUUUUUCCUUUGCUUUGUUGGUAUUGUAAGAGGCUUAUUCUAAAAAUGUCAAUGUAUCAAAUACAUUUCAGAAAUAAAACGGCAACUCGAUUUAUGAACCAAUAAGGCACGCUAGUUUUGUCUAGACGUGUGCGUAUGCUGGGUUAGCGAUCCCACAGAUUUAGAUCCAUGGGGUAAGUCAACCAUCAACCUCCUGGGUUAUGCAUUUGCCUGAUAAUCGUCAACCCAAUUUUCCUGUUUUAUUGUGCCAACUCGUGACUGGACUAUCUCACCCAGUUCUCUUGUCCUUGAAACUCUGAGAAGUGGACAGCAAUGUUCUGGAGUGCCACUGGCUCAUGAAUAUUCACAUGCUCAUUAAUGAGCAGUUGUCAUGGCGCAUAGUAACAUUUGGCCCGCCCUCUCACCUGCGUUCUAGAUAUUUCUGACACUCUAUGGGCGGACAUUCCCUACCAAAUAUAGUGGCAAACCUGUGUUCCUUUGUUGCACGGAAAACUGAGAAAUGUUAUGCAACAAUGACUUAACUUUCAUAGUAGUAGCUACGAGAUCCGUCUGGCUGUCCUGUCAUGGGCAGAUAAUUCCAGUGACGACGAUCGUUGUACAUUCCAUGUCCUAAGGGACCGCGCGAGGCUUGGAGAGGGACGUGGUUUCAGUAGAGGGUGAACUCUACUUCCUCCUUGACCUCUGUUACUUCUCUCUUUCCCACCCUACGUGUUUCUUUCUCUUCACUGUGACGGUCACAGAUGAGGGGGACAACAUGGGAUUAAAAGUAAUAUUCAGCUUUUUGAAAACAAUACUCUCCCUACUUAGUUUAAUGAUAUUGUACAGUUGUUUUGGGUUAUAGGUCAUGGUGCUGGCGGAAGGGGCUUUUCCUGCAAACUAAAGAUGUAGUGUGGAAUGAUUUGAUUUAAUGAGGUGAGGGGUAGUAUAAAGGGUAAACAGUACCCAUUUUAAUACCAGUGUGGUGGAACGUGUUGGACAAUAAGUAGGUGUUGACCGUUCAUAUCAUUUUGGCUUCAACUUUUGUAAUGUGAUGAGUUACAACAAUGUUUUAAAUGAACUGGAAUGAACACAACACACACCUCAACCUGACUAGAUAAUCAGAUUGCCAUGCAGAUUAAAAGGUAAGUCUAGGCCUACAUUUAGCAUCUAAGACCUCUCUAUUUGACAACUGGACAUUUUUUUUUAACUCAUACACUGUAUGAAGGGCAGGUUUGGGGCCGAGCUAUUGGAAGUCUCAUUGCUUUGCUUCAGUAACUAAAUAAAGAGUGAGGACGAAGGAGAGGUGCUUUGGCUUGAAGUGAAUGGAGUGUUCUUGGAGUUUUUAUGAAUUUGGGUUGCCUUUUACAGUAUCUGCAGUCAAUGCCUCUCAAAAUAAAAUUGCCUUUCCUACUUGGAGGCUUUGGUGUGUUUUACUGAUGGGGGAUAAACCAAGCCCACGUUGGCUGCCACAGCUGUUUUUCCUUCGCAGUGAAGUGAUGUGGAUUUGUUUUAGUUUCUAGGUAGAUUUAGGAGGGAGGUGAAUGACGCUUAUAGUUGAUUGGCGGGAAACAAAUCCAAAGUGGCCAAAGACGAGACAAUGGUGUUUUUGUGUGACUGGAGUGAUGAUAGACCACAGUGGCAAGGCAUAGACAUUUACUGUACCAUGUUAUAGUCUGUAUUGGGUUGGAUGGGGCUAGGGGAGAGAGAGAGAGAGAGAGAGAUGCUGUUAACACAUACUACUACCCCCCCCAACCUGAGAGAGAGGGAGCAAGGAAAGACUUUGAAUCUGCCAGGAGACCAAUAUGCUCCUCUGCUUUGGUAUCACUCCUAAACUCUGCUGUAUCAUAUCUCAUAUCAUCACCUUGUUCUCCUCCCCCAACGUGGUCCUAUCAGUCCUAUGGCCAAGAGUCCUCCAACCUUCUACCCCAAUUAAAGAUUCCUAUGUCCUAUGCUUCUGAUGAAUCAAUCAUUCCCUGCUUUUGUAUGAUACUGGUAUAUAAAUCACAUCAACCAAACACUGACCUAGCAUUCAGACCGAUGUUGUGCAUUCCAUCAAAAAUGAUUUUGUUUUGAUAACAUUUUUUGUUGUUCCUAUUUUUUAACAUGCAUAUAUUGACAUUCUUUUAAAAAAAAAAUCAUUAGACUCCAGUUGAAUUUAAGGACCUGAGAAAAGCAUAAUGUUGCCCUGUUACAGCACUUCGAAUUGUACUUAAACAUUCUACAGAUUCAAUAAAAUGUCAUUUUUACUCA